AUCGGAGAGUUGUACCUUCGUGGACCGAAUGUGGCCUUGGGGUAUUGGAUGAACGAGACUGCAACGAGGGACACCUUUGGUGUCAGUGUACCUGGCGCUGAGGGAAGUGAUUGGCUUAGAACUGGUGACUGUUUUAUCGCCGAUCAGGAUGGGAACCUGUGGUUCGUGGAUCGACUCAAGGAUGUCAUGAAGAUAUUAGGAACACAGGUCACUCCCGGCGAAAUUGAAGAAGCUAUUCAUAGACGUUGCCAGAAGUUCGUCAGCGAAGUUUCAGUCGUAGGAGUUAACGCCUCUUCAACUGAGGAGCUAGUUCCGCGUGCUUUCGUCGUGUUGUCUGGUGAAGGAAGGCGAAUCGGUGAGGAGAAAUGCGUAGAGAUGAUUGAUGCUGCUGUGUGUGCGGGGCUAAGUAAACCUAAGUGGUUAGUGGGCGGGAUUCAGUUUGUUGAUGCAGUG